UUUGGAUGACAUUUUGGGGCUUCAGAACCAAUUACCAGGUUUCCAUAGAGUUAUGGUCUCAACAUACAAUGGUCUCAACAUACAAUGGUCAUCCUGGAACCAAUUAAUAAUUUGUAGCAAGAAAAAAAACUUUAGUAUAUACACAUGUCGCUAGGCUACAGUUUGGUCAGAGCACAUGACAGAAAGCAGCGCCUUGACAUGUAAACAUCAGUCCAGGCAGAGAACAGGGAGGGACCUAGGACCCAGUGGAGGGGGAGACACACCUGCUGCUACAGAUCAGGCUAAACAAGGAAAGUAGACAACUGGUAACCGAAAGCGAGCCGAGUCCGUGUCGUACCGCAGGCGGCUUCAGGAGAGACCGAUCACCGGGGAAACAGCGCGGCAGGCUCGGGUGUGGAGCGUUCUGUGCCCCGUGGGUGUCAUGUGCCCGGCGGAGUCGCGGAGGUUGCUUAAGAUUUUCUCGUUGAGGCACCGGGGACUCCCUGUGUUCACCGACUGAAUUAGUGAAGAGUGCGGCUGGGGAGGAGGGGGCGAGGAGGUCCGGCCAGCAUGGAGACUCUCGCCGAGGCUCCGCACUCUCCCAAACCUGCACAAGAAAAUGGAGGCUACGUGUCGGUGCGGUCCCGCACUCACCCGCCAUUCAGCAUCCUGACAUCCACCUUUCUUUUCUGUGCCGAGACGGUGGCCGCCUGUGUGAUGAUCGCGGAGUAUAAACGCACAGAAGACGCGGUGUGGAUGUCGCUGACCAUCGUCUUCAUGCUGAUCCCGUCCAUCAUGGUCCAGCUCACCCUGACCUUCGUCCACAGGGACCUGGGCAGAGACCGACCUCUGGUACUUCUCAUGCACCUGCUGCAACUGGGGCCCAUUAUAAGGCUGGUAACCAUGACAAGGGAGCAUCCUACAUGUAGAGGAAAGAAGGUUUCACCAUCAUCAGACAGAGAUUCUUUACUAUGCGUUGAAGCCCUAAUAGUAUACUGUCAGAUGGGUCGUGAGGAAGAGCCAUACGUGAGCAUUUCCCGCAAAAAGCAUUUACGUGGUUGGGGAGUGUCUGAAGAAGAAGAACGAGAAGUUGGACAUUCAUUGAGAAGACUAGCUACUCACCGUAAUGCCUUUAAGCGCACGGCUGUUAUUCAGGCCUUCCUUGGUUCAACGCCUCAACUUACCCUUCAACUGUACAUCUGUGUGUUGCAACGAUAUGUCCCAGCAGCUCGAGUGGUCCUCAUGGUGAUGUCUCUGGCUUCAACUACUUACGGUGCUUUGGUUCUAAAUGUUUUGGCCAUUCAAAUCAAAUAUGAUGACUACAAGGUGCGUCUGACUGUACCAGCCUUCAUCUGCAUCAUUGUGUGGAGGUGUCUGGAAAUCGCCACCCGUGUCACUGUUCUGGUGUUGUUCUGUUCAGCACUUAAGGCCUGGGUGGCAGUUGUGGCAUUGGUGAACUUAAUUGCCCUUUUCCUUUUACCAUGGAUCUACUUUUGGAAGAGUGGAUCCAGCCUUCCGGAGAAUGUGGAAAAGAAUUUUAGUUGGUUUGGCACAGUGACUGUUUUGGGAACAAUCACCUUACUAUACUCUGCUAUCAACAUGUUUUGCUGGUCAGCAGUUCAGCUCAACUUAAGUGAAAGGGAUUUAAUUGAUCAGUCUCAGAACUGGGGAAGAUUGAGUCUACAUUAUACUUUUAGACUGCUUGAAAAUGCAGCCCUUAUUUUACUAUGGUAUUUUUACAAAGAGGAUGGGUUUGAGUAUUUUUGUUCCCCAUUACUUGUGGUACAGUUGUUGGUUGGAUACUGUGCUGCUAUUUCAUUCAUGCUCCUCUUCUAUCAGUAUUUUCAUCCUUGUCGAUCUCUAUUUAGCCACAAUGUUUCAGACUUUAUAUUGUGUGUAUGUAUAAGAAAAAAGCCAGCUCCUGCAUAUGUUAGUGGAAGAGAGACUGAUGUGUAGAGAGCAUGCAUGAUAUUAAACUGAUUAUAAGAAGAAUGAGAGGCUUGCAUUCUCAUGUGGUGUUAUGGCGAAUUUUGAUUAUCACUGUGAAUCUUAAUACAUUCAAAGCUGUCACAUUUGCUAUGUAACUCCUGUGCUUCUUGUGGUCACAUACAGUAUUUAUAUGUUAUAGCUAAAAUUUGUUGGCUGGUUCAUAUAAUAGAUGUUUGGUCUUAUUUAGAAAAACCUAAGAAAACUAUCGCUCCUCCUCCUUCAGGAAAAAAACAAUCUUUUUAAUUCCAACUAUAGGUAGCGACCCUGCUAGUCUGUGUGUGACUCAUUAAAGGUCACAUUUCUGAGAACAGAGGAAAAUUGUUCCCCUAAUAAAUAGAGCAUGGCGUCCAGUACUCCAUUUAUUUGGGGGACUGUUUUUUUUUCAUUUCAUUUUCUGCGUCAGUGGGGGGGAGGUGUCACAGAAACAUAGAAUGUAUCGGCAGAUAAAAACCAUUUGGCCCAUCUAGUCUGCCCAAUAUUCUGACUAUCUUUAACCCCUUAAGGACUGAGCGUUUUUCCGUUUUUGCACUUUAGUUUUUUCCUCCUUUUAAAAAAAAUCAUAACCCUUUGUAAUGACGUCAGUCAUUUUACCCAAAAAUCUACCCGAAAUGGUAAAAAAAAAAAAAUCAUUGUGUGACAAAAUUAUUAAGAAAAAAAAAUUACAUUUAGUAAAUUUUGGGGGCUUCCGUUUCUACGUAGUACAUUUUUCGGUAAAAAUGAUACCUUCUCUUUAUUCUGUAGGUCCAUACGAUUAAAAUGAUACCCUAAUUAGAUAGGUUUGAUUUUGUGGUACUUCUGCAGGAAAAUGUAUACGUUUAAAACUGUCAUCUUCUGACCCCUAUAACUUUAUUUUUCUGCAUACGGAAAAAUAAAAAACUUUUUAGCGGUUACAUUUUUGUAUUGAUCGUUUAUUUAUUCAUUUUUUCAGGAUAUAAAAAGUCACAAAAAAUACGCUAUUUUGCACGUACGCCAUUGACCGUGCAGAUUAAUUAAUGAUAUAUUUUUAUAAUUCGGGCAUUUCCACACGCUGCAAUACCACAUAUGUUUAUUUUUAUUUACACAGUUGUUGUUUUUUUUUUUUUUA